GAGUUCACAUAAUUAUGAAUGGUCGAGCCACGCCCAACUAAAUUGACCUGCUCAAACAAUUUUGGCGCUACUCAAACCUCUACUAUCUAUGCUCAAACUCAUAGACAGACUCUGACUCAUAGAUAUAUCUACUGAAGUACAGUACUAGUGCAGUAUAGUAUAGUAUAAUACUAGUAGAGAUCUAGUCUAUGAGGGGAUCCUGCUACACUUAUAAAACGCAAUAUGGCACAACUGGUCAAUGGUGGAUGUUGGAUGCAAUGUCAGAAAGCUGUAGUCAAGCUUGAGCAUCUUCUGACAUGUUUCGUAUGUGACAAGGUAAUGGAUGAUCCACACACCCUAGGAGGCUGUGAUCAUCACUUCUGCAGGUUAUGUAUCAGCCAUGCCAUGCAAGAGACCAUGAACUGUCCUGUGUGCGGUCUUCCUGUCUGGAUCAGAGACCUCAAAACCAACAGGCAAAUAGAAAACCUGAUUAAGCUUGUAUCCGAUAUCAGAGAUCUACUGUCACAAUCUUGUAACUUCUCUAAACCGAGUACGUACGGCAGUGCCAAAAUGACCAGUGAGCCAGCGACCAUUUCCAACACUUCUAUAGCCAGCAUUAACAAUGAAAGAAGGAAUUAUGAUGAUGGAGUCUUCAAGAAACCUCGCCUUUUUCGAAAGCGAGCAAUAGGCUACCACACACAUGUACAUGUACCAUGUCCUGUUACCAACCUUGAGCGAACCGAAAGACCAUUCCUCGAUUCAAAUUUUUCUCACUGUCCCUCGAUACAAUCUCCUUUACUGUCCGUUCAAAAAUCAUGUGAUUCAUUAACCACAACUAUUGACUCUACCAGAAGCAAUAUAGAUACUAUUGUCCAUAAACGUAGGCACAGUGUCUUCAGAUCAUAUGAUAAACCAUCCCGACCUCGAAAGCGACCCUCAUUUGUCCUUGAUGAAGUUGCUGAUUCUAUAUCAUCAAAUGGUGAAUUUCCGUUCUCCCCAAUGGUCACAAAGACGAGAAACUAUUCAAAGCUAGACAAAUCUGCCAAGCUGCACCGACUACAACAAGCUGGCUAUGGGAGUAACGCUGUCACAAAAAGUAACUCCAAGCAGUUAUCACACUAUUUAGAUGAGAGCAAGAAAGAGAACAAAACCUCCCCAGCCCGGCUCACUUCACAGCAAGCCAAAACAAUGCGUCGGAACAUAAGAGGGGAAACGCCACUACACAUUGCGUCCAUAAAGGGUGAUGCCGAUGAAGUGAUCUCUCUGCUGAAGCAAGGAGCAGAUCCCAAUGUUAAAGAUAACGCUGGGUGGACCUCAUUGCAUGAGGCGUGCAACCAUGGUCACACUGCUGUUGUCACAGUUUUGCUGAACAACAAUGCCCUGAUCAAUGUACCAGGAUUUGACAAUGACACACCCCUUCAUGAUGCCGUGGCCAAUGGACACGUUGACAUUGCCAGAUUGUUGCUGAGGAGAGGAGCCAUCCUCAAUAUCAAAAACCGUCAAGGUUUAAUUGCCUUGGACUUCGCCUGUUCUGAUGAGAUGAAAAAAGUGUUUUCUCAACAUUCUGCAUCGUCUAGUGUUCAGAUUUCCCCGAACGCCAUCGUCAGUCCACAUACCUCACCAGAGCAAAGUGGUGGUUCAAACCAAGUGGUGAUAUUGUGCACAGGGCUCAAAUUAUAUCAGAAAAACCGAGUGGAGGAACUUGCAAGUCUUCUGGGAGUUAGGGUGGUUAAUUCUUUUUCAACUAAUGUGUCCCACAUCGUGACAAAUUGCAACUCGUCCAAGUGCUGCUCUCGAACACUAAAGUUCCUUUGUGGAGUUGCAAAAGGAAAAUGGAUAGUCAGCUUCCAAUGGGUAACGGAUUCUCUCGAAGCAAAAAGUUGGACAAAUGAAAUAAACUAUGAGAUAAAGGGUGUUACUGUGGGAGAUUCCAAUCUAGUUAGUGAUGCUCCAAAGAAAGGAAGAGAGAAUGCGAUAAUGAAGCUCCCUGGGUUGUUUGACGGAUGUGAGAUCUUUCUGAGUGGACUCUUUGCUCCACCUCAAGCAUCCAAAGAUGAGCUUGGCAAACUGAUUAAACUUGCUGAUGGACAGCUACUUGCAAGGGAGCCCAUAUAUUUGCCACAUACAACCCACCCCUAUCAUAUGAAGCAAGGCUCCAAGUCUAAGCCAUGCUCUACUUUUGUAGUCUGUGAUCCUUUUUGUGAGCAAAGGGACAAGUAUGUGGUUUCUAGUAGACGAACGAACGUCAAAAUAGUUCCUGCUUCAUGGCUUUUGGAUUGUCUAUCAUGCUUUGAAAUAAUUCCUUGUCAGCAAUAAUUUCAUACUGUACAUGUGCACAGUUACUAAGUUUUUAGAUUUUUUAUGUUUAAUAUUACAUUGUUUACUCCGCGGCCACAAAUAAAAGCCAUUUUCUGUGUUUCAGACAUUUUAAA